ACCAACUCUACUUUGAACUCACCUAUGCGUCUGCUGCUACCCCGUGAGCUACGUCCAAAAGUUACAAUGCCCGGUCGUCUUCCCCAAAAGGAUGAUUUCCCAUCUUCAGUAAAUCUGAGCAUCACCCCGCCACCAAAUUCUCAGCGACCUGUCAAUAUUCUGAUCCUGUCACACGGCCUUGGAGAUAGCAAUGCAUCUUUUACAAGACUAGGACAGCAGUUGUCGCUGCCCGAGACAGCGUGUAUCGCUGUACAAGCACCAAAUCCACUGCCGUUCGAUCUGGGAGGCUUUCACUGGGGUGAUGAUCUCAUUUUUGAUCAGAAGACGGGCGAGAUGGACAUGGAUACGGGGUUCAAAACCUCUACGAAGCUGAUACUCGACACUGUCAUCAAAACAGGCCUAGUAGAGAAAUGUGGCUAUAGAGCACGCGAUAUUGUGCUCUUCGGCUACGCGCAAGGAGCUAUGGUUGGGUUGCAGGUAGCAGCAGAGUAUGAUGGCGGGGAGUUGGGGGGCGUGGUCAGUGUGGGUGGCAUUUUGUCCAUGUCGGUGCCACUGAAAGCUUUGAACAAGAAAAGCAAGACGCCUAUUCUCGCUUGCAAGGCCUCAAGAGGAUCCGCUGUCACUGAUGGUGCUGUAUCGAGAUUAAAGGAUGCGUUCGAGUUUAUCGAAGUGAAGGAGUGGCGGAAGAACGGGGAUGGCAUGCCUAGCAACAGGGAAGAGAUGAUGCCCAUCAUGCAAUUUUUCGCGAGGAGGCUACGUAGUAUGCAAGGCGUGCCUGCGGGAAGUGUAGAGGUAUCAUGA